AUGCUUGUUUUCUCUGUGCCAUUGAAUCUAUCGAAACCUCGUGUCGAGCCAGCGGUAGCGGGAGUUGCUCCCUGGUGGCACGAAUUGGUGCCUUGUCAGCACCUAUCGUGGGUUUUCGUCACAUAUUUUGAUUCACUUACGUAUAUGAACAACUUCUGGCCUCCUUCAGUAUACUUCAGUGUCUUCCUUAUGGGAACUAUCAACCUCAUUAUAUCAUAUAAUUUUUUGAAAGAAACAAAAGGAGUAAAUCUAGACGAUGUCGCCUCAGAAAUAAGGGAUAAACACGAGGAUUACUCGCUCGUUGCACAAAGCAAUAUAGAAAAUAGCGUUGAACCGCAAGCUCUUACUAAGAAAUGA